GUCCUAAUUCAGCGAGAACGUUUCUAAUCGGCGGCCCAUGCGCACUCCAAACUAUCUCCUGGCCCCUCAAGCUUACCAGUGUGGGGGACGAUACAACGGACAAAACAAAGUUCCAAACGUCCAGGCGUUCCUUGGGCAGCAAGACCGUCGCCAUAACCAAUCGAGUUCUGAUGAUGGUGCUAACGGCACAGACAUAGCGCCAAGCGAGGGUCAGAUCGAGUCACCUGUUGAACACAAGCCUCCCCCUUCCCCACCCCAACAACAAAAAUAGCAACCGUGACCGUGUCCGCAUCCCCAAACUGGUCCACAGGCACAAACGGCAAGAAAAGAGAAACGAAGUCAUGGCUAAGGCUACUGCGCACAGGGUCAAGUCAACCGACAGACUGAAGAAAGAGGCGUCCGGGACCCCAUCUCUGGGAAAGAUGUCAUCAUCAAGGAUGCACAAUUAUCGGCCAUAUCCACCUAUAGAAUCUAUCAAGCCUGUCCUUUCGGCAGUCAAUCGACUUGGUCUGUUCAUUUUUGCCGCCAUCGGGUUUGCAUGGUCCUUUUCUGCAUUUGGCAAAGGCCGCAAAAUCGAGAAAGAGAUCAAGCGCAUCCGUUCUGAUCUGCACCGUGUUCGAGGCGAAACAGUUCAUAGGUUCAUUUCUCUUGCUGACAUGGUCGAAGAUGUCAUCAGGCUUCACUUCCUCACUUCGUGGUACACACUCAUACCAGAUGCUGUGAAGAUCUCUGAUUUCGGCCAAAACACGAAUCUCAUACCAAUCGUCGGUAGGGUGCUCUUCCUGACUGGGGAUAGGAGAGAAGAACGGAUCGACUAA